GAGACGUUGAGCAUGAGGAGGGACGCGAGGAGGCCGAUGAGGAUGUACGACUUGAGACCGAGCGUGGAGGCGGGAUGGCUGGCGGCGCGUUUGGCGUCGAGGGUGUGAGGGGAGGAGGAGCGCGCGGAGAGGAGGGCAUCGUCCUCGCCGGGGUCGCCCUCGCCGGUGGGGGCGAGGGAGACGUACUCUGUGCGGGGGACGGUGAGGGAGCGAAGGAAGGAGAGCAUGGGGGUGCGGUGGGGGGUCGGUGCAACGGGGGGGUGAUGGACAGGCAGAAAUCGAGAGCAGGGCAGACGGCGCCAUCACCGGGGGUGGAUGGCGGGAGAGGUCAGGGUGACGGACCAGUUUGACGCGACGAACGGACCGAUCGGGGACAUCAGCGCCCGAUGCCGAUCUACCGCAAUCUGGCGCCCGCGCGAGCCGACCCUGGAUGAUCGCGAUCGGGUGCGCCGGUCGUUCGGUCAGACCGCAACGUUGCGCGUGUGCUCGCCCAAGUCAGAGGGCGAGAGAGCGUCGCUCGCAGGGAUCGCUCUCCAGACGACCACACCCACCCGCCAUGCUCUCCCGCCGCCUCUCUGCGCCCUCGACGUCCUCGCUGCUCACCGCCACCUUCGGCCUCUCUCUCCUCGUCAACCUCGCCGCCGUCCUCUACCAGCUCCACGUCCUCUACCCGCUGAGAUCUUACACGUACCUCGGCCACGACCACCCGCGCGAGCUGCCCCUCGGGCCCGUCCGCACCGUCAACAUGGCCUUCCACGACGACCCGGAGCACUUCCCCCUCUCCGGCGUGCAAGCCUGGGCAGAGUGGAACGCCAUCCGCCCGCCCGCGGGCGGCUACGUCUUCAUCGGCCAGGCGCACCUCCCCUGGAGCGUGUCCAUGUGGCACCAGCUGCACUGCCUCAACCACGUCCGCAGCAUUAUCGCCGUGGGGGACGACGGCUCGGAGCACACCGAGCACUGCUUCCACUACAUCAGGCAGCAUAUUUUGUGUGCGGCGGAUACGACGCUCGAGCCCAGGGAAGAGGAAGCGGGCAGCAAGGGCGUGAUCCCUGGGGAGGGCGUCGCGCACACGUGUAGAGACUGGACGCAGGUGGACAGUUGGACGGAGAUCAGGCAUCGGACGUGGACGCCUGACAUGGAGGCGAGGCUGAUGGAGUCGUCGGUCAUGAACAAGACGGGGGAGUAGUUAGAAUGCCAAUGUAUUGCUGAUUCGGAAACCUCGGACGCAACGAUCUCAAAC